AUGACCUUGGCUACUGAAUUUGCUGAGACUACUCGUCGUUCAGCCUCUAAUGCCGAAUUAAGAUCAAGAGUUUUGCAUUUGUACCGUAAAUAUAUGAGAUACUCUAAGGAAAUGUCAGAAUUAUAUGAAUUGGAUAUGCCAGUCUCAAACGUGAAAACUAAAAUUAGACAAGAGUUUGAAAGACAAAGAUUUGUCAACGAUUUAUCUGUAGCUAACGUAUUAUACAUGAAGGGUCAAAUGGAAUUCCAAGAGAUUAUCAACUUCUGGAAGCAACAAUGUCAUGUAUUGAGAUACUUUGAAGACCAAAGUAAUUACAAUGUUGUAGACAAGAACGAUUUCAUUAAGGGUUUCUUGAGGGGAAACAAUCCAUAG